AGAGAGAGAGAGAGAGAGAGAGAGAGAGAGAGAGAGAGAGAGAGAGACAGAUCAGCGCGCUGCACCCGCCAGUAAGACUCACUUUCAUAACGCAGCGCGCGCUUUCUAUCUGGAAACUUUCAAAAAGGAUUCGUUAUAAACUCAUCACCUUCAUGUCGGCACUGCUGAAUAUUUCCUCACCGAUGCUAUGGUUACCUUUAUUACGAUCUUACAGGUGAAUCUAGUGAUGUCCAUCUUGCUGUACGUGAUGUUCCUCGCGUACCUCUAUGGUAUCUCAGCUUCUAUGAUGGACAAGCAGCGCCCCACGCAGGACCCCAUCAACAUGCUCAUCAUAAAGCUCCUGCAGGCCGACAUCAGCCGCAGCCAUCAGAGGCAGGACGACACGCUUCCUUCCUCCACCAUAAACACACCUGCAGUGACAGACUAUAGGGAGAAAGCCAGCGACCAGCCCAUAACGGACAUCUCGGCUGAGCUUCUACGUCAGCACAAACGUUACAACUCACCUCGCGUGCUCCUCAGCGACCGACCUCCGCUGCAGCCGCCACCGCUCUACCUCAUGGAUGACUUUGUCAGCAACCAGGGUGGCAGCAGCACCAACAAGACGCGGCAGAAGCGCAACACUGAGCACAAGAGCUACAGAGCCGAGUUUUCUGUGUGCGACAAUGUCAGCCUGUGGGUGAACAGGACCACGGCUGUGGACGAUCAUGGACAAGUGGUCACGAUUUUGAGGUCCAUCAAUGCGGGACGCAGAAAUAUCCAGCAGUACUUUUAUGAGACAAGAUGUGACACCACUAAGUCCCAAAAGGGCAGCUGUCGGGGUAUUGACAAAAAGCACUGGAACUCGCAGUGCAAAACCUCGCAGUCUUAUGUGCGUGCUCUCACUCAGGAUAAAUCAUCUGUGGGAUGGCGCUGGAUACGAAUAGACACCUCGUGCGUCUGCGCAAUCUCACGCAAACACCGCAGGACAUGAAAAACACUGCAGCGACUUCUUUGCUAUGUUACUUUUGUUCCCUGGGGGGCUGUAAAUAUAUAAAUAUAAAUUAUUAUUUAAGUUAUAUGGAAUGCAUAUAGUUUAUACAUGUCUAUGUAUAAUGUAUAAAUAUACUUGUUAUUUAUUUAAGUUUUUGCAAUGAAAAAUCUUUAAAAAAAAAAAAAAGACUUACAAUAACUUGCAAUGCGGCUAAGCUACAGGAGCAUUGCAUGCUGAAUUGUGCCUUGCUCACAUAUCAGAGUUAGAGGACAUGUCACUCCACUAGACCUGGACCUUGGGAACAGUUGCAAUGGAAAACACAUAUCACUCAAUAUCAUGUUAACUUCAGUAUUGUUCAAGAAAACCAGUUUUUCUACUGAAACAGGCUGCCAGUAUAUCCUCUUCGGGACUGGGAAAACGAAUCACAGUUGUUGUCGUAUAUUGUAUGGAAAUGUGUAAACAUACAGUGUAUCAAAACGGCAUGAAAUACCUAAGAAAUAUAUAUUUUUCUAAGCUCUCCUAUUAAUGGUUUAUGGAAGCAGAGACUUGUGCAGCGAGUCAAUCCUAGCAGAACAUAAGAAAUUGCUUUUAGCGCAUUCCAACAUAGCCACAAUGAAGUGGGAAUGAAAGCAGCCAAGUAUUAACUUUUAAAGGACCAAUGAUGGAAUUUUUGCUCACCAUUGUGUAGCUUUGUAGCCCUGAGGAAGCUCCUCAAUAAAUGGAGGAGCAAAGACUCCUCCCACUAACCACACACUUCUCUGGCACCCCUCCCAGCCCUCCAGAAACCACCAGAAAUAAGCUUACUGCACUUUUAACCUCUUUUUGAUCACCUGCUAUGAUCAGUAGCAACUUCACUACCUUAAAGAGCAUAACCAGCACACACAAGAGCAGCAUGUAAACAAAAUAGACCAUUGCUAAUGAAACUAUAGUCUUACACAGAGGUAAAGCUGCCUUAAGACGAUGUACAUACGUGCAGAGCUAGGAUUUGAACACGUAAUCUCCCCCUUAAGAGGGUUUCGCUCUUGUCAGACUCAUCUUAGGAGAUGAGCAUUUCACCGGUGCGCUGCGGCUAAAAAAAGGCCUGCCAAGUUUUCCCACUGUACAUUUAUAUAAAGAGACUUGCUCAAUCACUAGUCAGGAGAUACUAAGGUAAAGAGAUUUCAGUAAGAUUUGCAAUAUGCAAUGACUUUACAAAACAUCUCAGUCUCUUCAACAAAUUAAUGUUUUGUACUCCUCCACAAUAAAUAUGUUAUACACAAGACAACAUGUUUGUGAGCAAAGCAUAUCAGGAGCAUAUAGACAGCAAUCGCAGUCAUUUGAAGAGCAUUUUAAAAGGUCAGACAGCUGUGGCUUGGCUGUUCUUCAGGCUUAUGUUUGUGACACAUGAACCAGGUCAACUUUGAUUGGACAAACUGUCCAAGUGUCCACAAGGAACAUCAUGCAGUAAAAAAAUUUACCACCUACAUAUAAUACUUACUUCUGUACCAACAUAUAAAACUAGCAGGAUGAGCUGGAAUGUGGUCCAAACCCAUUACUACAUGAAGUGAAGUGCCUCCAAGGUCCGAACAUAAAGCUUUAUUAGCACUAAAUCAUCUGUUAUAAUGUGGCUAUAAAAAAAGAUCAGUAUAAUUUUUUUUUAUUGCUUUUUAAUGUUUCACGGGUUGUUGGAGAAAGGCACUUUAAACAAGCAAAAGGUUUCGCUUUUUUUUUGGCUGACGACUCUGAUGACUUGAUAUUCAGUGCUUGAAUUGGAUGUGAGGUUUUGAAACAGAGAAACAUGGUUUCGACUCAAAUUCGAAACAGAACCGCAGACCACCGAGGAUACAACACACCUUUUUCGAUCUUUGAUUACGUCCUGCUUCGGUAUGGCCCCCUGCGUAAAAACAGGAUAAAAGCUGAACACAGGAACUCUGUUUUCCAAAGAUGCUGUUGGGAAUUGGCCCACACAGUUGUCCAAAUGCAUCGCCUUUCCUGUAACACACAUUAUUGCACUGGAACAUGAGGAUCCCUAAAUGAUUUUGACUUCUUGGAUGACACUCACUGAAACAUUCCCAUGUAUUUUAUGCUGUCUUGAAAAGCCCUGCUGGUGUCAUGCAUACUGUGUAGGAUUCUUGCUGCUUUAAACCACUACAGCCAACCUUAUGAUGGACCAAUGGCCAUUGCUGAAACCCAAGGACAAGGACUCUUUUAUGCUGAAAUAAAACUGUGCCAAAACACAUCCAACUCUAUUUAAGGACUACAUGCUUCUUAACAAUAUUCAGACAUGACAAUUAUCUGCGGAAUGUCAAAAAAAAUGAGAAUAUUGCAAGACAAAUCCCUAUUUUAAUAAAGAAGAAAGACUCAUUUGAUUGAUGGUGAUUGUUUAGUGAAGUAGUUUCUUUUGGCUGUACCCUCUUUUGGCAUAACCCAUUGUUUGUAUUUGUUUUUGUUUUUUGUUUUUUGAAAGAGAGAAUUUUCCCAUAAUUGCAGUGUUUCUCAAAAUUUCUUUCUCAUGCUGAUACUUGAAGAAGCGCUGUUUAUCUGGCCUACAACAUCUUUCUCUUUUGACUGCAAGGGCAGUCUGUGUGAGAUUUGUCUGAAUAAAGGUUUUUUUUUAAUCUUC